UUACGUGCAUCGCUUCAUUCUCUGAAUUCUUUCUUCUAGUUGGAAAAACUGUCGGUGGACGGAUCAAUGGAUUCAUCGGUUAAUGGUAACUCAAAUUUUAGAUUCCGAGUGGUGGCCGUCCCAUAUCCCGGAAGAGGCCACAUCAACCCAAUGAUGAACCUCUGCAAAAUCAUGGCCAACAGAAGACCCAAUAACUUUCUCAUAACCUUCGUCGUUACUGAAGAAUGGCAUGGCAUCCUUAGCUCCGAACCUCUUCAUGAAAACAAUAUCCGAUUUGCCACUAUCCCCAAUGUCAUUCCUUCUGAAAUAGGCCGAGCCAAAGAUUUUACGGGCUUCGUUCAAGCUGUUUUGAACAAGAUGGAAGGUCCAGUUGAGCAUCUGCUCGAUCAGCUGGAGCAGCCGAAGCCGAGUGUGAUAAUAUUCGAUUCAUUCUUGAAGUGGGGAUUGGGCGUUGCAAACCGGAGGAAUAUACCCGCAGCUUCGCUUUGGCCCAUGUCGACCACGUGUUUCUCGCUUCUUCGUCACUAUGAAAGUCUUGUCGAGAAUGGGCAUCUCCCUUCCAAUCCAGUAGAAGAAGGGGAUCACAGGGUAACCUGCAUUCCGGGAGUCCCGUCUAUUCGACUUGCAGAUUUUCCUAGGGAACUAUUGUUGCAUGGUACAAGUCAGACAGCGGUCCGUAUAGCUCUAGAAGUUGUUGCUCUGGCAUCCAAGGCGGAGUACCUUCUAUUUAGUUCUGUCUAUGAACUGGAAUCUCGAGUCAUAGACAGUCUCAAGGCCGAAUUACCCAAUCCCAUCUACUCCAUAGGUUUGGCAAUACCUUCUUUCAAUGUGAGAAACCGCAGCAACAAUGACCAUAUUGCUUGGUUAGAUGCUCAACCUAGAUCCUCCGUAUUGUACAUUUCCCAGGGGAGCUUUCUAUCUGCAUCCAAUGAGCAGUCGGCUGAAAUAAUUGCUGGAGUUCAUGAAAGUGGGAUUAGAUUCUUCUGGGUAGACCGCCAAGACAUUUCUACGUUUCAAGCAAGUGGCGGUGAUACUGGUAAUGGAGUAGUUGUGCAUUGGUGCGACCAACUGAAAGUGCUGUGCCAUCCCUCAAUAGGUGGAUUCUGGUCUCAUUGCGGGUGGAAUUCUACUAAAGAAGGUGCAUUUGCUGGUCUGCCGAUGCUUACUUUCCCAUUAGCAUGGGAUCAAUACACAAACAGCAAGCAAAUUGUGGAAGACUGGAAAAUUGGUCGGAGGCUGAAGAGAGAUGAUGGAGGCCUGGUGAAAAGAGAGGAAAUUUCCAGGAGUUUGAAGAGGUUUAUGGACUUGGAAUGUGAUGAAGGGAAAGAAAUGAGGAGAAGAGCCCAAGAAAUCCGGGAGAUUUGCCGACGAGCAACCGCAGAAGGUGGUGGAUCUUCUGAGCUUGAAAUUGAGGCUUUCAUCGAGAACAUAGCAUAACUCAAGAAUUCUUUGGACAGGAUCAAGGUGAAGGAUUGCUGUGGGAUUAGCCUAGUGCGUAAUUUGUGCAAGUUAAAAGAGUUGUUAACUUGAGACCUAUCUUGUUCUUGAAUAUUAAUAAAAUUCUUCAAGGCAACAGAUGUUUUCGACCUCUUAGUGAAAUUAUA